AUGCAUCCAGAUGAAUUUUCGAUAUGCAUUUAUCUGGAUAUUUUCCCAACGAGAUGGGAAUUCUUGAAGGACUUGCUAUUAAACAAGAACGGAGGAGCCACUCCAGUAAAAUGCAGUGGAACUUUUGUUCACUGUGUUAAGCUCCCGAAGUUGCCUAGAUCUGAGAAGUUGUCAUAUCAUGACUGUGACUAUGGCCUUUCAAUGGACGAAAUUCUACAAGAUGAUUGCAUGGUUAGCCAGUGUGCCGGGACAGGAAAUAGGAAAAAAUGGGACGGCAAGGGAAGACCCUAUCUUCACACCAUCAUUAAUUGGGUUGAUCCCCGUGACCUUGCUUAUCGUUUUACUAGGACACUCGUUCCCGAAAGGGAGGUUGUCGGGGGGCUGAGAAAACUGGUCGUCGUCGAUCUGAUCGAUUAUGCCUUUAUUGGAUAUUUCCGACACCGUGAUUAUCGGAUGUACGGAAUAUGUGACUGCCCUACUUUACUUCCUGCAAUUAAACGACCAUCUGCAGCAACAUUCGUACUUGCGACUGUGACAGCGAGUGACGCAAAAAAGGCCCCGAAUAUUCCAAAGCUAUUGGCGCGUGCGAUAUUCUUUAGUACGCCAUCUGCUCACCUCGCUUUCAAAAAACGAUCCAACACCGGGAUUAAUUUACCCCAACCCCUGCGCAGGUACUUGGUCUUCGACCCCUCCUUCACAACCAUCGAAUCAAAGGAGCAAGUCGCUGUGAAUCAGGUCGCGGAACUCCAUACUCCGAAGCUUCUCCGAGCAAGUAUCCGCCGCCUUCUACUGCACAACUGUAUCUACACAUAUUGA